CUCCGUUAUAGUACCAUCCUGAACCACACCCUGGCUGUGAAGCUAGCCCUGGCAGCCCUUGCCAAAGGAGUAGUUCUCAUCUUGCCCAUGCCAUUACUGCUCCAGAGGCUGACCUUCUGCAGGACAGGCAUUCCUCAUACCUACUGUGACCAUAUGGCUGUUGUGAAGAUGGCUUGUAGUCAUACCAAGCCCAACCGUGUCUAUGGAGUGUUUGUAUUUCUCAUGGUGUUAGGGCUGGACCUCCUGCUUAUUGGAGUCUCCUAUGUGCUGAUCCUACAUGCUGUGUUGCGCCUCUCAUCCCGAGAUGCCACUCUAAAGACACUCAAUACCUGUUCAGCCCACUUCUUUGUAAUCCUCAUCAGCUAUGUACCUGCACUUUUCUCCUUCCUUGCCCACCGCAUAGGACCCAUUAUCCCUCCUCAUGUACACAUCCUUCUCGCUAAUUUAUACCUACUCAUGCCCUCCUUGUUCAACCCUAUUAUCUAUGGAAUUAAGACGAAAGAGAUCCGGGACAAAAUGGCAAAGUGUCUGUGCAGGAGGGAUACGCUGGCCAUCUACCCAGGACAGAAAGAUGGGAGUGGCCAAAUGGGUAGAAUCCUCACCUCAAACCCUAAUUUCCAUUUACAAGAGUUGAAGCUAGUUCCAGGCAACUGGUCCUUGGCUAAAGACUGCCAGCAUGAUGGAUUGGGAGAUGUACUCUCCCCUGUGAAUAUCACCAUGGAUCCUACAACAGCCAGUCCCUACAUCAUUAUAUAUGAAGAUUUGAAGAGUGUGACACCUAGAGAUGACUGUCCAGAUCAGCCCAAGAGUACUGCAAAAUCUCACUUUUGUGAUGUCAUUGGUCAACAAGCCUUCAGCUCUGGCAUACUCUCCGAAGAGGUGGAUGUGAGUAAGCAAUCUCAAUGGGCCUUAGGGAUCUCUAUAGAGGACCCCAGGGAUGACCAUGAACAGGCUUUGGGGUGA